CCGAGCGCAAAGACAAUCGGAGAAAUAGUUUUAACUCCAGUAAACAGAGGGAGAUUCUGCCCAGAAGGUCCCUUCUCAAGCCACUGACUUCGGACGAAUGUCCACGUCCGACGUGUGUGCGGGGUUGGACCUCGGGUCCCGCCUUAGUCUUUAACCAACAUCAGCCCCUUGGAGCUCAGCGCGCUGGACUGCGGAGCUCCGCAAUCACGGUCUCCCACUGUGUUGUGCGCGCGGAGUCUCCACAGAAAGCCUCGAACCGCUGCUAGACCGGACCGGACCGCACUGGACCGGACUCUCCCUCCGCCUCACAAACACUCCCCGGGCUCCGAGCUCUUUCCACUCAUCCUCUCCAGCUUCGCAACCUCUCCUUCAACUCCUGAAAAAAAGUCAGAAGUCACUUGAGAUGGCAGCUGAGGAGGAAGAGUACGACUAUUUCGACCACUAUAAUUACAGCUUCAACCUGAGCUAUGACGACUACCACACGGUGUGCGAGAAAGAGGACGUCCGCUCCUUUGCCAGGGUCUUCCUUCCUGUCAUCUAUACACUGGUGCUGGUGGUGGGACUGGCAGGGAACGCCCUGGUGGUAGCCAUCUACGUGCACUACAAGAAGCUGAGGACCAUGACUGAUGUGUACAUCAUGAACCUGGCUCUAGCAGAUCUCCUGCUCUUGCUCACGCUGCCCUUCUGGGCAGCUGAUGCCAUUGUGGGUUGGGUGCUGGGUGAAGCCAUGUGCAAGAUCACCUCGGCUUUGUAUGCCAUGAACUUCGGCUGUGGUAUGAUGUUUCUUGCUUGCAUCAGCGUGGACCGUUACUUGGCCGUUUUCCAUUCCAACUCUGCCCGUGUAUUUCGUAGACGCCACUGCCUCUGGGUCUGCCUGCUGGUUUGGGCUGUGGCUUUCGCCUUGGGGCUGCCAGACAUGAUCUUCUUCACAGUCAAGUACACCUCCACAAAGAAGACCUGCAUGGCUAUCUACCCAUCUAGCAUGGCCCAGCCAACCAAAGCAUCAGUGGAGAUCCUGGAGGUGCUGCUGAGCUUCAUCCUUCCCUUCCUGGUCAUGCUUUUCUGCUACUCUAAGGUGGCAUAUGCGCUACUCAAGACCCCAGAGGCACGACAGGGCAAGAAAUGGAGGGCUUUCAAGGUGCUCCUGGCUGUAGUGGGAGUCUUUAUUGCCACUCAGUUGCCAUACAAUGCCCUGAAGUUCUGGCGAGCCGUGGAUAUCAUCUACACGCUGGUGGUCCACUGUGAGGUGAGCAAGAGGCUGGACUGGGCAGCACAGGUAACCGAGAGCCUGGCAUUGACCCACAGUUGUGUGAACCCUGUUUUGUAUGCAUUCAUUGGCGCCUCCUUCAGCCAGCACCUCCUCCGGCUCGUGAAAAGCUUGAGCCGGAGGAGGAGGCAACAGAGAAGCCCCCAAGAGGAGCCGGCAGUGGAGGUUUCCCUCAACUCCCACAGUGGCUCCCGGGACACCAGCACCUUCACCAUCUGAGAUGCCCCAUAAGGGGGAUAAAGUCACUGUAUUUUUAAUCACCCAUAUUUUUUUCUACUGUAUUUGUACUUUGCAAGUAUUUCUUUUUACUCAUUUUAUAGAGACUAUACCGUACAGAAGCAUGCUACACCUAAAAGCUGGUUACACCAACUCAUCGUGUUAGGAUCACUCCAGUUACAAAUUUUCAGAUAGACAUAUUUCCAAUUUAUUUAUUUUUUCA